CCUGUAAUACUGGAUACUCUGCUAUGGGCACUAAAUUCGCUAUUUGUAAGAAAGGAUCAUGGACACCUCCAUCGGUUGGCGAUUGCAAUCCUGCAGCGGCUCAUGCACCACCCAAAUCGCCCACGCAGUGCUUUAACCCAGUUACGACUGUCAACAAUGGAGUGAUCAAAUAUAGCAAUGACCAGCAGUCUGGUCCUUGGCCUCAAGGCUCGACGGCGUCACUCAUGUGUAAUGCUGGAUAUUUACCAAAAGGCCCCACAAUCAGCACAUGCUCUGGCAACGGCCAAUUCUUGCCUGAAGCACUUGGGCCUUGUGUGUCGACAUUGCAAGGCGAUGCUCCGGAACUUCCUUGUCCUGAUCUUAAUGUCGUAGGAGGAACUGUAACAUACAGUAAUGGUGGAUCACUUCCACAUCUAAGGGGUACAAGAGCGACAUUGUUUUGUAAUCUCGGUUACACUCUGUCGGGUUUGCCUACGGUCACUUGUCAGGAAGGCAAAUGGUCCCCGUCUCCAGGUCUGGGAAGCUGUUUGAUGAAUACACUACAAGCUUUACCUGUAGCGCCAGUGUUGGUACAACACGGAGUUCCAGCAGUUGGGGAAUCUUGCCCAACUCCUGUUGCGUCACCGUUUGGAGAGAUUACAUUCUCGAAAAGCUCCCAGGCGAGCGGAUUCCCGCCGGGAACGACUGCAGCUCUGCGUUGUUUUAUGGGAAGACACAUCACGGGACCUUCGUUUGCCACCUGUCACCGAGGAGUUUUCCGGCCACCUUUGGGAAAAUGCACUGACGAUAGGGAGAAUGGCCUUCCCGGUGUAUGUCUUCCUUUGGUCCCCCCAGCCAACGGCAGGAUCACUUAUAUCCAAUCUGGGAAGCUGGAUAACUUUGAAGUGGGUACAACAGCACUGCUCUACUGCUUGGAAUCGUACGCAGUUACGGGACAAGCAACAGCUGUUUGUACGAAGGACGGUUGGCAGCCUUCGAGUGGCUUGGGAGAAUGUGACCCAGUGACAAGAACAUUUUGA